AUGGGAACGCUGCCAUUCGCGCGACUGCGCGCUGUUCCAUACCGAAUGACAAGCCGAAGUCCAUACCUUACUCUAGCCGUUGUAUGUACGGCGAUGUUUCUGGACCUCGCAAACCUCAGUGCUAUCACGAUCGCCCUCCCGACGAUACAGAAGGAGUGGGGCGCGACUGAAGGCGACCUGCAAUGGGUGAUUUCGGCCUAUUCGAUCACGUUCGGAGCAUUUCUGCUACUAGGAGGCCGAGGGGGUGACUUGUUUGGUCACCACCGUGUUCUUCUAUUCGGCAUGUCUUUCUUCGCCCUGUCCACUAUAGUUUGUGGGCUCGCCCCCAACUUUAUUGGCCUAGUCGUGGCCAGGGCCCUACAGGGUAGGCUGUUUCAAACCGUACAUCGCCGUGGCGAUCAAGCACUUACGGAACAUCACAGGCAUCGGUGCUGCUUUCACGAUUCCCUCGGCGCAGGCCCAUAUUGCUGCGGUGUCUUGACUGCAUAUGUUGGUUGGCGAUGGAUCUUUUGGAUAUCCCUCAUUCUGUCCGGCGUCAUUAUCCCCGCGGCGUUUUUCAUCCUCCCACGACCUGACCGUCCACCUGCAGAUGUGGUAGCGUCCCCAGAAAGCGAGCUGGAGGCAGGCCAACAACAGGCCCGUACCAACAACAGCCUGGCUGCAAUCUUCCAGAGAAUAGUCAACCGUUUCGAUCCGCUGGGCAUUGCACUCAGCGUGGCGGGAAUUUUACUCCUCACGUACGCGCUCACGUCUGCAAAUACAGAGGGAUGGGGCAGUGCACGCAUUGUUGCGCCGCUGGUCGUCUCAGGGGCCCUACUCGGCUUGUUCAUAUUCCACGAGUGUCGAACCACCAACGGUAUUGUUGCACCGCAUCUUUUCCGCUCGACCUCCUUUAACCUCACGCUCGUGCUUGCUGUGAACACGUAUGCCGUCCGCCAGGCCUGCACCUAUUUCCUGACCCUCCAGCUCCAGUCCUACGGCAACAGUGCGAUCCACACCUCUGUCCUCUUCAUCGCUCUGGGAGUCAGUGCCCUCAUAUUCAACACGCUGUCCGGUCGAUUAGUGCCCAUUCUCGGUGCACGUCUAAUGGUAAGUUUGAAUAAUUGA